AGAGAGAGGUGAGGCCGCGCAUGCGCAGCCGCUAUUAAGCCUGACAGCCGAUCCAGUGCAGCAUUCCCGUUUCCAAACGCACACUAGCGCCGCUUUCUCCAUCGCUCUGCCCCAUCCAGACAUUUACACCGGUGGGAACACGCUGUUAAAAACAAGCCCUCAAACAUGUCUGUGGGUAAUGACUUUGGAAACCCUUUAAGGAAAUUCAAACUCGUCUUUCUUGGAGAGCAAAGCGUGGGGAAGACUUCCCUGAUCACACGCUUCAUGUACGACAGCUUUGACAACACGUAUCAGGCAACAAUUGGAAUUGACUUCCUGUCAAAAACCAUGUAUUUGGAGGACAGAACGGUUCGGCUGCAGUUGUGGGACACGGCAGGCCAGGAGCGUUUCAGGAGCCUCAUUCCGAGCUAUAUAAGAGACUCCACCGUAGCUGUAGUGGUCUAUGACAUCACAAAUGUGAAUUCAUUCCAGCAAACUUCCAAAUGGAUCGAUGAUGUGAGAACGGAGAGAGGAAGUGAUGUCAUCAUCAUGCUGGUGGGCAAUAAAACAGAUCUGGCAGAUAAGAGGCAAAUCACAAUUGAGGAAGGUGAGCAGCGGGCCAAGGAGCUGAGUGUGAUGUUUAUUGAGACCAGUGCCAAGACAGGCUACAACGUCAAACAGCUGUUUCGACGUGUUGCAGCUGCCCUUCCAGGAAUGGAGAGCAUGCAGGAGACAAGCAAAGAAGGCAUGAUUGACAUAAAACUGGACAAACCACAGGAGCCUCCAACUGCUGAGGCCGGAUGUUCCUGUUAAUAGUUCACAUCUGAUUUACAGCAUCAUCUACACCACAUGCUUGUUGUGUUGCUUCCUCUUGGUUAGCUUCCAGUUGUGUUUUCAGAUCGGAUAUUUGGCCUUCCCAUCUGACUUUUAGUAACUUGUUGGAAUCAGUGUUACAUCAAUUUCAAGUGUAAAAUAGUAUACUUUAGUAACAAAAUUGCCAAAAAUCCUAAAAAUUCGAAAAGUAAAGGGCAAAAAUGAACAAAAAUGUAGACUAUGUCCAGCAUAUAUACUUUUUGAAAAUGUAGAGAGGUAGAUUUUUUUCUUUGUUUUGUAUUUUUGUAUACAAGGAUGAGCACUAAACCAGAUAAUAAAUUCUAUAAUUUUGCCAUAAAAAGCAGGAUUUCAAAAGCAAGAGGGCAAUUCAAAAAACAAACAACCUACGAAAAAUGGCAAACAUGCAUGUUAGCCUUUUUCAAAAGCAUUUCAAUCCAUCUGGCUACUGUGCACAAGAUUAUGUGAAUGUGUAUGUUUUUAAUGCACUUUUGAAAUCAACUUAUUUUAGCCUCCUUUUAUUUUCUUUCUUUUUUUUUUUUUUGCAAACAACCUGAUAACAUGAAAGGUUUUGUUUCUUCUGUGAAAUAUUCUUCUGUGUAAGUUCUAGGGCAUUUAGCAUAUUGCAUAUAGUCGCAAGGUGACAGAGGAGGAAACCAUGCAUAUAAACUUGUUCAUUCAUAUUUAAUUGGAAUAAUUAAUUUGAACACUGGCAGUUUCCACACUGAUUCAUCGAACAGUCCAAUUCUAUUGUAAACACAUCAGCUGUCAUUUUCAAACAGGCUUUAAUGUCAGAAAUGCAAAGAUAGGACAUUCCUCCAAAAAUAACUAUAGUUCGCUUUUAAGAAUUAGCAUUAUGCAGCAUUAUAGUGUUUGCCUUGUGUAGGAACCCACUCAUGUCUACAGCUGCUCUUUGGGCCAGUAAAUGGUAGUGCACUGACCAGGGGGACACACAUUGUGUUGUAUAUCAGUUUAUUUGAAAUGUAUUUCAUGUGAAUCUUUAAUGCACUUUUUCAAGAAAGGAAGAUGUAAAUGUUUCAAAAUUGCUGUGUCUGUCCUUGAAACCACUUUAGAGUACACUGUAGCGUACAUCUCUGUGAAAAUCGCUCAAGGGUCACUGUACAGAUGAAUUAUUUGUAAAGUUGCUUCAAAUAAAGCCAGAAGCAAGUGCAAACUA